AUGGUUUCAUUGGUAGGUCACGUCCAUUUUGUUACAGGGUCCAGGCAUCCAACACUCAACAUGUUCAAGACUAUCCUUGUAGUUUGCGCUCAAGCGCUCUUCGUCCAGACCAUCGCUGGCCAGUGUCUCGGAGCUGGUUUCGGUCCCCUCGCCGCUGACCUUCCUCUGUCUGCAGCCAACUGGGCCGCUAUGUCUGCUGCUCCUUUCGCCGCUGGUCCUUGCGGUGCUGGUCUCUUGGACGCUCCUUGGGCUGCCGCCAGUGGUGCCCUCUAUGGUGCCGGUUACGGACCCGCUGCCGCUUCUGCCUCUCACGGAUCUCUACCUACAGCCAGCGCCUCCAUGAUCCCACCAAGUGGAGUGUCCCUACGAUCAGACAACGCCAUCGAAGGACCUCUCUCAGUCGCCGGUGCCCUUCCAUUCCUGGGAACCGUAUCUCUGGAAGGCGCCCUGCCCACCGCCGGUGCUGGUGCAGUGGCUUACGGUGCCGGUAACGGAGAAGUCGCCAUGUUGUCUGAAGACAUCGGUGCCGAUGGAUUCAACUCUCUGGCUGGUCCUCUCGGUUACGGAGCUGGUGCUCUCGGUUACGGAGCUGGUGCUCUCGGUUACGGAGCUGGUGCCCUUGGCCUCGCAGCUGGUCCAUUAGGAUACAACGCUGCUCUGGCUGGUCCAUAUGCACGAGCUGGAUGUGGCUGCGGAUCCCGUCUCAUCUAA